AUGGAGAGAGUUGAGAUAGUUGAUCGUUUGAGUUCUCUUGUGAGCUCUUCGUCCUCUUCACUUGACAAUGGAGAAGUAUAUUCUCCGAACUGCUCGUCAUUUGGUGAUCAUGCUAUGAGAAUUGCAGCUCAAAGAAUGAGAGUUCACUAUACUACUUUGCCAGCCCAUCAGAUAAGCCUGCUGAAAUCAUCAACUACAGUUAGACCUUAUGUUCGUUCGAAAGUGCCUCGGCUUCGUUGGUCACCUGAUCUUCACCGCUGUUUUGUGCAUGCAGUUGAAAGGCUUGGAGGAGAAGACAGAGCUACUCCAAAGUUGAUUUUGGAGAUCAUGAAUGUGAAGGGCCUCACCAUAUCUCAUAUAAAAAGCCAUCUUCAGAUGUACAGGAGCAUGAAGCAUGAAAAACGCAUACAAGAAGAGGCUAUAGCAGCAAAGAGGAACGAUAAGGCAAAUCCCUCGGACUCAAACAAUUCAUACUGGCUAAAUUCAAAUAAGAGUACUGCUACUCCCCCUACUUAUUGCCAAAGGAGCAAUUGGAUGAUGAGAAACAUGUACAAUAGUGCACCCUACCAAAGCAAUAGAAGCUACAUUGAAGGAAUUGAUCACAAGAAUACGAGCACCCUGGCAAAAUGGAACAAUGAGAAUUACAGACAGAAUUCUUACUUCAUAUUCACUGAUCUAGUCAAAAGAGGCAGUGAUGAUGCUCAAGAGAGCAAUGAUCAAGUGAAAGUACUGUCAUUUGUCAAUGCUGGCUGCCAAAGCAAUCAUAGUAAACCGGAAGAUUUAGGUGGUGAAACUGAAACUGGAGCAGAGAUUGAUGCUGCAAUGUCUCCAUCACUCAAAUCGUCAUCAAAGGCUUAUUAUUCGCAGCAGUUCAGGCCAAGCGACUCUGAGAAUUCAGUUGUGAAUGAUGUCUCUCUUGAACUUAGUCUUACUUAA